CUGCUUUAUUAUUAACCCAAAAGGAUAAUAAUAAAUUUCCAAUACGCCGUUGCAGCUACUCCAUAUGGAGCAUUCCACUAUUCGCAACCUGUGGACCCGGUAGCUCUCAGAUAAGCUUCUCGUGACAGUAAUGAACACUACACUGAUCGGACUCAAUGUUCCAGCCUAUGUGGUGCUCAUAGCUAUCUCGUGCCCGGUCGGGCUAAUAAACUUAAGUAGAUAUUUUACAGCUCUCUCUAACAGUCGCUUUAAUCACCCAAAUCGUCGCCGCUAUCAAUGAAUUCCUUCUCUUGCAGUUUAAACUAAUAAUGUGGCAACAUUAUGAGUCACCUGAAUAUCUCAUCUGUCAUUCGAAACAGCUGUGUUUUGUCAAUACCACGUAAAAAUAAAAAUUGGAAAUUCUUAAGAAAAAAAUAAAAAUUUGAAAAUUUGGAAGCGUUUUUCGCAAAAAGUGAAUAUAGCUUAGAGUGCAUCAUGAAAAUAGCUUGAACGCUAAGCGUUAGCUAGGAAUAUUUUUCAAAAAUACUGUAUGAAGUCACCACUCUCAUCUCGAAACAUGAGCAGUGAAAAAAUUGCUGAAGAUAUUGCCAAUAGCGUACGCAAAGGCGUAGCAUGGAAUAAUCUACCCGUCCAUUUGAGCAACAGAUUCCAUAAUAAUCAGCGUGACUACGAGAAGUACGUUUUCAAUUACAGUCUCAAGAACCAAUUAAGGUUCCGUGGAAAUUUGGUUAACAAAAUCUUUCGCAAGGAGCAACGUUACUAUGAGUUGUUGGUGCAAAAGUCCAUAAACACUUUGGGCCUGUUUCCUUACCAUUUGGCCGAUAUAGUGACCAAAGGGUUACGAGUGACCCCAUUCAAUUAUUAUCUGGAUGUGCUGUCGCAGUUGUUGAAAAAUGACAAGAGCUAUGAUACUCUACCAAAUUUUACCGCCGCCGAUUGUUUGAGGGUACUGGGUAUAGGAAGAAAUGAAUAUUUGUCUUUGAUCAGCGAGCUAAAGACAAACACAACACGGGCUUUGCUAUUCACUGCAAAACCUAAUCCCUUGGAAUAUUUACCAAAGUUUCCCCAACGUAUCCGCAUAGAGCCCUGGUGGCGUGUGGAAGUGGGCUUUGUCUUGGAGGCUGAUAUAAGAUAUGUAACGGCGGCAGAGAGAAGCCUGAUCGAUGAUUUAAUUGACUUUGGCUCGCAAACUGCAGGAAAAUGCGACUACCAUGUUGUACAUAGCCUGUACCGCAAGGGUUUGAUUUAUUUGGAUGUGCCCAUUUCGGGAGAAGAUAAGAUCUCCAUACCACCUUUGCGGAAUUUUGUUAUGAAUCGAGUGAGUGGCGACUAUUUUGAGAAUCUUUUGUACAAAAUCUUUGUUAGUGCUGACGAACACAUGACCAUUUUGGAAUUGUCCCAAAUGUUGCAAUUGGAGUUGGAUUUGGUUAAGCAAGCCGUUAGCCUUUUCUGCCGUUUGGGUUUUGCUCAACUCAAAGAGUCGGCUUUGGAUAGCCCUUUGGCAGAGACAAAGUAUCAUGAGUCCUGGGAUGAAUAUAAACGGGAACAGGCUUUGGCCAAAGAGGCUCCCCAAAUAACGCCCUUAAACUAUAAUAACUUCAUUAACAAUGAUGUUGAUGGUGGUGCUUCCUCGGUUGAGCCGUUAAAAGCAAGACAGGAAGUAAAAGAUAUCAAAGAGAAGGAUAAAGACAAGGACAAGGAUAAAGACAAAGAUUCCAGCUCAAUUGGCUAUUUGUCGUCAGAUGGCAAUACCAGUGAUUUCAGCUUUGCCAAUAUGCCCACACCUUCUCCACAGCCGGCGACCAAAGACUCACCACAACAGAAUUCCGAUGAUCCUGAUUUGUCAUCAGAGGUUGAUGACCUAUCAGAGACCACCACAAAACCCAGUUUAAAAGAGCCCAUUACGCCCACAGAUAGUUUCCCUAAAACUGGCAAACGUGUGGGCUUCCUAUUCGACUCGACACUGACGGCCUUUUUGAUGAUGGGAAAUCUUUCGCCGGGCUUGAAAAAUCAUGCCGUUACUAUGUUUGAGGUGGGCAAGCUGUGCGAAGAAAGUAUGGAUACAUUUUUGGCCGAACUGGAGAAGGUCUCCUUGCUGGAUGCCGAGGGAGAGGGUGAUGUGUCAAGAUAUUUUGCUCACGCCGUAAUUUUACGAUCGACCAUUUGCUCAUUGCGCCAUUUAUUGCCGGGCGGCUUGGAUCUUCUGAGGCUGGAAUGCUUGGAAUGUCUAGACCAAAAGACCAGAGAUCGGCUGCUGGAGAAGAAAUACAAAUUUAUAAUAUCAUCAACUCCCCUAACUGCCUCUAUGUCGCAUUUGUUUUCCAUACCCUUUUUUGGGCAAUUUUAUCGCUCAUCGGAUAAUUCCCAUAUGUGGACCAAGUUGUUCUAUAAUCAUAUCACAGGCUAUGGCCCGCCUUCUUUAUUCCUUUGCCGUGGAACGGUUUUAAAGGCAUUACCCCGAAUUUUCUUGGGUUAUGGCAAGCUAUUGGUGAAUAUAUUACAUUCCGACUCUUAUGUGAUUAACAGUGAAAAUUUCCGCAAUCUAAAUGAUCAACUGAAAAAUGGUUGCAUCCUUCUGCAAGGCUAUGGCAUACGUACUCCUGGCGAGUUACGCUAUGAAGCCUUUCCCUUUAACACCAAGGACAAGGAGCAAAACAAAUGGGCAACUCACAAAGCUGUGCUGAAGCUACAGGAACAUCUGGAUUUGCAACAUCAUUGUGGCUAUGUGACAUUUGUCAACACAGGAGUACCCGACAUAGGAUGUGAACAAUACGAAUUGGAGGUUCGUCUAAGACAUCCACGUAGCAAAUUAAAAGCUGUGAAAAAAGAAAAUAGUCCUAAAGAAAUUGUGCCAAAUAAAGUAAAAUUGGAGGAGGAGAAAUCUGAGCCCAAAGACCUACUGUCGCCCGAUCAAACGGAGGUAUGUAGUUUUACCAGACCCUCUAAUUCUCCCCAGCAUAAUCUAAAGACACCGGAUGAAAACUAUUUCGCCAGCAACACACAUAAUAGCAACGAACCAUCGGCAGUUUAUACUUCCGAGGAUUGCAAUGAGCUGUUGGCUUCUGAGUUGGCCAAUUGUAAUAUGAAAAUGGAAUUGGUAUCACAGGGUUCGGUGGAAAUACCCUUGGAUCGUGAGACCAUUCAGCAAAUGCAACAGACCAUAGAGGAAGAAGACACGGCCGAGGAAUGGACCCUGUUGGAUGUCAAUUUUGGUGUGCCGCUCUUUGAUGUAGACACCAAUACAAGAAUUUGCGAGCAAAUUGUUAGAAAUUUAUCUUCAGAAGAUAACCUAAAGGAAUUGCCACGCAUGUCCUCGGAAAUGUCUGAGAAAUUUUAUAAUUUCCUAAAACAAUGCUUGUACUUUGAGGAUGAACAUGUAGAGCAAUUGAAAAUUGGCAAACAUCUACCACAUCCACGUAUUAAUUUGGCCUUUGAAAAUGGUAAGGUUUGCUAUUGGAAUGGCAGAUAAAGCAGUGGCGCGCAAACACAGUCACAAUGAAAGUGAGAGAGUAAGAAUGAGUUUAAUCACAGUUUUUUGUUUAUUUUUUUCCCCCUUUUCUGUUGUUGUUGAGAAAAACGCAUUUUUAAGUUUUUCUAAGGUAGCAAUAAAGUAUGAUGAUACAAAAAUGAAAGCAAAGAUGAAA